CUUUACAUUGUGGAUUUCUUGCAUCUUCUGAAGCCCCUGGUCCUGGCCACUGCUGAAGACAGGAGAUUGGACUGAUCUAAUUGAUAUAUUAGGAACACAGGAAUUGCCCUCUGAGAUCAGACCAUAGUUCAGUGUUCCUAAUGUAUCAUCCGCAGUAGCUGCAGCCCCACAAAGCCUGGCAUAGGUGUCACCAAUUUCUUCUUGGGUGGAAGGAACACCCGCUGGAAUGGACACCAAAGGGCAGGGGGGUGAAUCUGUCUCUCCCUCCUAGGGUAUUAAAUGUGGUACCAUUUAACCUUUCUCACCUGUGUGACAGCUGCCAUCUUCAACACAGCGAGGGCUGACCUGGGGACGGCCAGAGCUAAAAGCACAUUCUGCAACAGCUUGAGCUAACAAACCCACACACGGUAAUGGUGUGUGUGUGUGUCACAACUCCUAUCCUCUGCAGAUUGGCAGACAGGGACCUGUAACACACACUCCCUGGUGGAUUGACAUCUGAUUUUACCUGCCAACACCCUGAUCUUCCAUCCGGGACUAAAUCCUGCUUGCAUGACUCCAGUGACUAAAGGCACUAAAUCAAAGUAAAGCCGCCGUUGAGUGUCAUAUGAAGAAUAAAAUCCCAUCCAUGGCUGUGUUCAGGCGGCUUGGCAAAGUGGCCUUAUAUCCUAAGAAGCCAGCUCUGGCAGGAUCGUCCUAGGGCAGAGGGAUCUGCAGAUGGUAAACCACCGGGAUAAUAGCUUCGACGGCACCUCUUCCCGUACCCGCUCUUAAUCUCUUAUUCAUAUGAAAGCCUGGCUCAUGAGAGACUCAGUAUAUCCCAGAUGCCUCCUCUUUUUCCAGCCUUGCACAACUUGCAUGCCGAGGGAAGAGUCCCUCUCUUUGUUCCAAUGGAUACAUCCCCUCCCCCACCCAGCUCCAUGUGACUUACAGGCACCGUUUUGUUUUCCUUGCGGCCUGUUGGCAUGAAAGAACCGUGCUGAGUAACAGCUUGGAAUGCUCAGCUCUUCACUUGUUAUUAAUUCCUGAGCUUUGGCUGCGAGUUCCCUUUCUCUCCCAUCUGCACAGCUCACCCUGUGACAUCCGCUCUGGAAAUUCCACUCUGCUUCCCUUUGUCUCUCUGCCUCUGGAGUUCCCUAUAAAAGGAGAGAAGCCUCUUGCUGCUCAGUGUCACAGCUAGUCCCUGGUCCGGCUCCGCUCCUCCUCACCCAACAGCAACAUGAAGGUCUCCGUGGCUGCCCUCGCCGUUCUCACCAGCGCUGCCUUCUGGUCCCUGGCCUCCUCUGGCCCAGAGGGACCGGGCAUGCCCAUCACUUGCUGCUUCUCCUACAUGGCCCGCCAGAUCCCGCGCAGCAUGGUGAUGGAUUACUAUCACACCAGCAGCAAGUGCUCCUUACCCGCUAUAGUGUUUAUUACGAAGAAAGGCCGGUCCGUCUGUGCCAACCCCAGCCACUCCUGGGUCCAAGCCUAUGUGAACACCUGGAUCUGAACUGAGCAGAAUGGGGGACAGAGAAUUAUUCCUAUUUAUUACGUGUAUUACGGUAGCACUUCGCAGCCCCAUUGUGCAAGAUGCUGUAACACCGGACAAAGAGGUGAUUCCUGAGCCCAAGUGCUGGCCAUCUAAGGACAGAGUUCAAAGGGCACCGGAAGGACCUCGCCUCACUUCUGCUGACACAAGCCAGGAUGCUGCUACCAACCCACUUUUCAAAGAACUGACAAACGCUGGACUUUGAACGUAUCAUGUGACGCUAUUUAAGACGUGCAGUAGGGCCCCCAUUUUUUGUAUUGCUAAUUAUAUUAUUUAUGGCAUGCAUGCAGGAGGGUCACAUGACUCCCCGUGCAUCGCAGUGACCGACACAAAAACACCCCAGGUUGUUGAAUGCGUUCGGUUCUUUGUGCUGUAAUAUUAGGCGAUGACCAGGGACUGGGUCGAGUGAUGAUUUUGGAAAAUAAAAUGUUUUGUAGAAAAACA